AAUCCUUGCAAGUUCAAGGGUUGUUUAUCUGCGCCCAUUCUCAUUGUCUUUCGGCGGCGGCGGUCGGGUGUCCUGCGGAGUUUGCGGCUGGCAAUGAAUAACGAAACCCCAGACAUGAAGAACGAGUCCGAAGCACAGAACCUGUGUAAGCGGGGCUGUGGAUUCUACGGAAGUGUACAAUUUCGAGACAUGUGUUCCAAAUGCUAUCAAGAACAAAUGAAAUCGGAGUCAUCCAGCAUUCAAACAAAUUCAUCCUUGGUCCUAUCCACAUCCUCUGUAGAAUCGAAUGACGUGGCCACGUCGCACAACACCUGCGUAACAAUUCCUUCCCGUCUGGAUCAUCCAGCCAACUCCAAUCUGAGCGGAGCGGCAAGUCUCAGCGCCACACCACUGACUAUGCGCACCGGUUCUGCAACCCCUCUCAGACAGCACUCUCCUCGUCCACUAAAGCGCAAGGCAGCUUGUCUAUCGCCACAAAUUCCUUCCGAAGAAACCAAUGAAGGUACUUCCGCAUCUCCGCAAUCAUCGUUGCGUAUCAACCGUUGCACCUGGUGCAGAAAGCGCGUCGGUCUUACAGGAUUUUCUUGCCGCUGUAAUGGGUUGUUUUGCUCGUUACAUCGAUACUCCGAUGAACACGAAUGUCCUUUUGACUAUCAAGCACAGGGGCGUGUCGAACUCACCAAGGCGAACCCUGAAAUACGUUGUGCGAAGUUGCGGAAAAUCUAGUUCAACCGUCACUGCAUAUUAACAAACAUUUUCUUGCAGGAUGUUAAGCAAUCCAUUUGUUGUUUUCCGAAUUUUACUACACAGCGUAUGUCUCGGUUACUUUCGCCUUCCUCAUCACAAGUUUAUUUGCAGUCGAUGAGAACCGCACAUGGAGGAUAGUCUUUCUUAUCUCGAAAGCGCCUUGUCUUUUAAGGUUGCUCUGCUUAUCUUGAGACACCUUCCAUCUCUGUGUAUGAUUCACCAUCCUUGACAAUAUCUGUCAUUAUUAUCAUUAUUUUCCACGUAAACGCCUCAACUGGAUUUGCUGCAUCCCCUCAUCCGGUUUCGACAUUUCCCUACUUGCUUGUGGUUCACCUGCAAAUAUGUCCUUACUAACUCCGGAGUCACGAAUCUGUCGCGAUUCAUCCAACCAAUUCAGGGUUUCCCGGCUGUAUGUACACAAAUUCCACCCACUCUGAGCCGCUCAACCUCGAUGUGGUAUAAUGUCUUUCUCCAACCAGCUCUUUCACAGCACAGACCCGCUCAAGACAGGUCUUCCAAUCAACACAGGGCUUGAUGGGACAAUUCUACCUGAAUUCUCGGUCUCACCCCAUGCCAUCAGUCAGAACAUUUUUCUUGGAUCUUCACUUCCUUUUCCUUCGACGCACACACGUAUUCCGUCACGACGACUUGGGUACAUCUAGUUGAGGCCCGCGCUCUCUCUUUGCAUGCCUUCUGUGGUAAUAUUGUUAUUAUCCACGUUACUACAAUAACAUUAGCGUUAUUUGCUUAUCUGCCGACCUGACAAUUCAUUUGCGCGAUCUCUCUCAUCCGGAUUGAUAGUUGCUUACCUGCAUUUUGUAGCAGCCAUGGUGCCUAUUCCGCAUUCAUGGUCAUUUGACGGACUUCCACGGACUAUAACAUGGCGGGAGUGAUCAUUAAUUUUUUCCAUGUUGUGUGGGUGUGAAUACUAUUCUCGUGUAAGCGGCCUUCGUUGCUGCC